UUCUAAGGCAUUAGAAGCUAGAGCAGUGGAAGCUAGAGUAGUGGAAGCUAGAGUAGUGGAAGCUAGAGUAGUGGAAGCUAGAGUAGUGCAAGCUAAAGCAGUGGAAGCUAGAGUAGUGGAAGCUAGAGUAGUGGAAGCUGGAGUAAUGGAAGCUAGAGUAGUGGAAACUAGAGUAGUUGAAGCUAGAGUAGUGGAAGCUAGAGUAGUGGAAACUAGAGUAGUGGAAGCUAGAGUAGUGGAAGCUAGAGUAGUGGAAGCUAGAGUAGUGGAAACUAGAGUAGUGGAAGCUAGAGUAGUGGAAGCUAGAGUAGUGGAAACUAGAGUAGUGGAAGCUAAAGUAGUGGAAGCUAGAGUAGUGAAAGCUAGAGUAGUGGAAGAUAGAGUAGUGGAAGCUAGAGUAGUGGAAGCCAGAGUAGUGGAAGCUAGAGCAGUGGAAGCUAGAGUAGUGGAAGCUAGAGUAGUGGAAGCGAGAGUAAUGGAAGCUAGAGUAGUGGAAGCUAGAGUAGUGGAAGCUAGAGUAGUGGAAGCUAGAGUAGUUGAAUAUACAGUAGUGGAAGCUAGAGCAGUGGAAGCUAGAGUAGUGGAAGCUAGAGUAUUGGAAGCUAGAAUAGUGGAAGCUAGAGUAGUGGAAGCUAGAGUAGUGGAAACUAGAGUAGUGGAAGCUAGAGUAGUGGAAGCUAGAGUAGUGGAUGCUAGAGUAGUGGAAGCUAGAGUAGUGGAAGCUAGAGUAUUGGAAGCUAGAGUAGUGGAAGCUAGAGCAGUGGAAGCUAGAGUAGAGGAAGCUAGAGUAGUGAAAGCUAGAGUAAUGGAAGCUAGAGUAGUGAAAGCUAGAGCAGUGGAAGUUAGAAGAGUGGAACCUAGAGUAGUGGAAGCUAGAGUAGUGGAAACUAGGGUAGUGGAAGCUAGAGUAGUGGAAGUUAGAGUAGUGGAAGCUAGAGUAAUGGAAGCUAGAGUAGUGGAAGCAAGAGUAGUGGAAGCUAGAGAAGUGGAAGCUAGAGUAGUGGAAGCUAGAGUAGUGGAAGCAAGAGUAAUGGAAGCUAGAGUAGUGGAAACUAGAGUACUGGAAGCUAGAGUAGUGGAAAAUAGAGUAGUGGAAGCUAGAGAAGUGGAAGCUAGAGAAGUGGAAGCUAGACUAGUGGAAGCUAGAGUAGUGGAAGCUAGAGUAGUGGAAGAUAGAGUAGUGGAAGCUAGAAAAGUGGAAUCUAGAGUAGUGGAAGCUAGAGUAGUGGAAGCUAGAAUAGUGCAAGCCAGAGUAGUGGAAGCUAGAGUAGUGGAAGCUAGAGUAGUGGAAGCUAAGAGAAGUGGAAGCUAG